UUAGCAUGCAAUGCGUAUAACCACGUACUAUGUGACCGCUAUCGCAAAACAGCCUGAAAAUGGCCAAAUUACAAGCUGCUACGGUUUCUAGCAAGAUAGUUCGGAAGCGCAAGCGGAAAGAUGCUGGAGAUGUGGAUUCAGACGCGAACUCGAGCACAUGCCUCAAAUCCACGGUCGAGGUAGAUCAAGAAACUCCAGGCACAACUGGCAGUAGAACUGUUCCUACGAAAGAAAAUGACGGGGGUAAAAGACCAAGACGUGUUUCGAAAGGGAAAGUUCCUCCUGCGCUUGCUCGAAACGAAUCCUCUUCCACAAAUCCAGUUACUAGUACCAUUCCAUGGCCUACAUCCUUCCAGACCCUCGAAAAGACCCAUCGAGCAUUGAACUUAGUCUACACAUUCUGUUCCACUCGAAAGCAUUUAGCUACUACAUUCGAUAAUCUUAAGUCUGCUGUGGAAGGCCAUAUAAAGCGAGAGUUGAGGAUUGAGGAUGUUGCGCAGAUAGUGGCGUUGCGCCCGGGAGGAAUGAAUUUCGUCUAUGUUGAUGAGGCGAUGCUACAAUUAGAUAUCAGGGGCGCAGAGAGAGAUGACACUUUUAAAGGUGGAAGAGCUAAGAAUUGGCAUGCUGCUGGGCCAGCGCCGGAUGCUUCUAUAGGUGGGCUUACAGGGAUUGAGGGGCUGGGGUAUGGAGACGGGGUAAAUGGAGAGGGCAAGGAAGUCCUGUUGUUUGAGUUCAUAGAUGGAGACUUGAAGAGACAAGUUCAAAGUAAGGAGACAGGUGAAGCAGUAAAAGCAUCAAGGAAAUUAAAGGAUGAGGAAUUAAAGAUGCCGGUUUUCAGUCAAAAACAGAUGAUGAACCUAAUCGAGAAGAGGAAUACAAAGUUUGUCAGUGCAAUCAAUGCAUUUCUUAAUCGUUGCGAGGCAGAUGGUAUUGAUGCGGAAGAAACUUUAGUCAAGGAGGCCGAACCAUUAAUUCCUAUCCCGUCAAUUUCGAGAAGUAGCACACCAAAGCCGGAUUACAGCACUUUACCAAAGAAAAUACCCAAAGAACGAGCAAGUAUAUCAGAUAUCAUAAAAGAAAUUAAAGAAAGCGAAUGGUACACUGGUCAAAUCGUACCUGAUGGUCAUCGUGUAUUCGAUCCUCAAGAAGCUAUAUAUGGAGAUUUGAAUUUUGUUCUCAGUCAAAAUCUGGUCAAUGCUUUGUACAAUACCAAGAACAUUACGCAGUUCUAUGCUCACCAAGCUGAAGCUAUAAAUAAUCUUCACUAUGGUCAUAAUGUCAUUGUGGCGACUUCAACAAGUUCUGGCAAGUCCCUGAUCUAUCAGAUUCCUGUCCUGUAUGAACUCGAGAAAGAUCCUCAUUCUAGAGCAAUGUACAUAUUUCCUACUAAAGCUCUAGCACAAGAUCAAAGAAGAAGCUUGAAAGAGAUGAUGAGGUUUAUGACUGGUCUUGAGGAAGCCAUUGUGGAGACUUUUGAUGGUGAUACAGAUAUGAAAGAUCGGAAUCUGAUACGCGAUGAGGGUAGAAUUAUAUUCACAAAUCCCGACAUGUUGCACAUCACUAUUCUUCCGCAAGAAGACAAGUGGCGAACUUUUCUCAAGAAUCUUAAGUUUGUAGUGGUUGAUGAAAUUCAUGUCUACAAUGGACUAUUUGGUUCCCAUGUAGCAUUCAUCAUGAGACGUCUAAGAAGAAUAUGUGCGGCAUUAGGCAAUCGUCAUAUUAAGUUUAUCUCUUGCUCUGCCACAGUCGCAAACCCAAUGGAGCAUUUCAAAACAAUUUUCGGGAUUGAUAACGUACGGAUGACUGACUUUGAUGGUUCUCCUUCUGGUAGAAAAGAGUUUCUGUGUUGGAAUACGCCCUUCAAGGAUCCUGUAGACCCUGCCAGCGGUCGUGGUGAUACACGAGCCGAGGCUGCAAGAUUAUUUUCCCAGUUGAUACUACGAGGUGUCCGGGUUAUAGCUUUCUGUCGCGUUCGAAGACAAUGUGAGGCUUUGGUUGGUGCAGUGAAAGAGGAGCUGGUAACCCUGGGACGCCCUGAAUGUAUGGCUCGCGUAAUGGGCUAUCGUGGUGGAUACACACCACAAGAUAGAAGAAGAAUCGAAAGUGAAAUGUUUGAGGGGAAGUUAAUGGGUAUUAUUGCGACGACUGCUCUGGAACUUGGUGUAGAUAUUGGAUCUCUGGAUGCUGUUCUGACCGUUGGCUUCCCGUAUACGAUUGCGAAUCUGCGACAACAAAGCGGACGAGCUGGACGGAGAAAUAAGGACUCUUUGUCAGUAUUGAUUGGUGAUUGUUUUCCUAGUGAUCAGUAUUACAUGAAUAAUCCGGAUGAAAUCUUCACCAAACCAAAUUGCGAGCUACAAGUCGAUCUGCAAAAUAUGCUGGUACUCGAGGGCCAUGUUCAAUGUGCAGCCUACGAGAUGCCAAUCCGCCCGGAUGAGGAUGCGAUUUAUUUUCCGAAGAAUCUGGCAGAGGUUGCAGAAGAGCGCCUGGUGAAGGAUGGACUUGGCUUUUACCACUGCAGCGAACGAUAUAGACCUACCCCAUCGAAAUUGGUUGCGAUUCGCGAUACCGAAGAAGAUCAUUUUGCUAUUAUCGAUAUCAGCCAUGGUAAAAAUAUUGUCUUGGAAGAACUAGAAGCUUCUCGGGCAUUCUUCACACUUUACGAUGGCGGUAUCUUCCUUCAUCAGGGAAAUACAUAUCUUGUCAAAGAGUUCUUGCCCGAGCAAAAGAUCGCCAAAGUUGAACUCGUCAAGGUCGAUUGGACAACCCAGCAGCGCGAUUACACCGAUAUAGAUCCCAUUGAAACCGAAGCUAUCCGGCGCAUUCCCAACUCCCUCUCUCGUGCAUUCUUUGGCGCAAUCAAGAUCCAACAAACCGUCUUCGGAUUCUUCAAACUCGACAAGAAAAGACGUAUUCUAGACGCAAUUCAAGUCGAUAAUCCGCCAAUUAUCCGCUACAGUAAAGGAAUGUGGCUCGAUGUUCCUAAAAUAGCUCUUGAGAUUCUUGCUCAAAAACGUCUUAAUAUCGCAGGUGCUAUUCAUGCAGCUGAACAUGCAGUCUUAUCACUCAUGCCAAAUUUCGUAAUAAGUAUGCCCGGAGAUGUGCGCACAGAAUGUAAAGUCGGCGCUAAAGAAUUCGCUCAAAAAGAAACAACUCGGAAACGACCCGCUCGUCUCACAUUCUAUGAUGCGAAAGGCGGAGCUUCAGGAUCGGGUAUUAGUACCAAAGCUUUCGAGUUCAUCGAUCUCUUAUUAAAACAAGCAUUGAGAAGAAUAGAAGGUUGUCAUUGUUAUGAGGGAUGUGUAGAGUGUGUUGCGAGCGAAACUUGUAAACAUGCUAAUGAGGUUAUGAGUAAAGCUGGUAGUGAAGUUAUCUUGAAGAGUCUACUAGGUUUGGAUAUUGAUGUUGAUGCGUUGCCGAUGGGGCCGGUGGAUGAGAGGGAUACGGGGAUUGAGACGGUCGUUUUGGCGGAGGUGGUUAGGGGUAAGGGAAGGUUAGAAGGUUUUGGGGAGGGGGGGAUGGGGAUGGGGAGAUGAGAGUUAAAGAUGAGCCGGUGGAUUGAGGGUUUUGAGGUAGAGAGAGGGGUGGAGAGGAUUAUGAUUUCAUGAUUUUCAUUGGUGGUUGGGGUGUAUGAUACGGUGUAUUGUAUUAUGGACUACUUUAAUGGGUGUAUACAAGAAUGGUAUGCAAUCAAUCAAAAAUCCCAUGCCAUACACCCGGAAGUUCCUACUACGGUUGUGAAAGGUCAUAGUAGACGAGGAUGUUAUGGCGUUAUAUCGAGAUUGUUCCCUGGAGAAUCCUGAUUUGUAAGGCCACCGCGAGAUUAGAAAUAAUAUCUUAUAGUACUAGCCAACUUAUAUUACCCCAAGGUCUACUUUUACACCAAAAAAUGUUAC